UCACAUCAGCACCAUCAUUACACUGAUCACUAACACUCACUCACUCUAAACUCCAAACACUUUCAUUUUUUCUUCACUUUCUUUUCAACCCUUUUGACACAUAUUUUCCCUCCUUCUCUCACACUUCACAUACUCUAUAAAUUCAUGUGUGUGUUUUCAUUCACAUGAAUAGCCCUAAAAAAACCUUUCACUGAAGCCACACACACACACCAUCUCUAGUUUAUGAUAUCUUCAUUUCUCUGUAGCUGUUUCAAGGGAAGAACAAGUGUUAUUUGGGAGCCACAUUGAAGAAGAAGGAACAAGAAAAAGUAUACCAAAGAGUGCAAAUGGAAAGAAGUGUGAUUUACUAUGUGCUACUUCUUCUACUUGCUUAUUUCCUUUGUUCAGGUUCAAGUAGGCCACAGAAGGAAGCAGUAAGACAUGUGAAUGCAGAAAAAGAAGCAGAAUUCACCACUCAAAGGGACAUCACAACACCAAUCACUACAAUUCCAAACUUAGUUCCAAUCACUUCAUCAUCUCCAAUUCUGAAUCCCAAUUCCAACCCUGAUUCAGUGUCUCCAGCUUCAACACUCCCAAUCACCACACCAAAUAAUUCCUCAAUUUAUUCCUCCUCAGGUGCAAGCUGGUGCACUGCAAGUCCUACUGCAUCACAGAGAGCAUUGCAAGUUGCAUUGGACUAUGCUUGUGGAUAUGGUGCCACUGAUUGUUCUGCUAUUCAACCUGGUGGAACCUGUUACUUCCCAAAUUCUGUUAGAGACCAUGCCUCUUAUGCCUUCAAUAAGUACUAUCAGAAGAACCCUGUUCCUAAUAGCUGCAAUUUUGGUGGAGUUGCUGUCAUCACUAACACUAAUCCAAGUAGUGGAACAUGUCAGUAUGCAUCCACCAGUAUCAGUUCAUCAGUGUUGAACACAACAAACACAAGUGGUGCAAAUGUUUUUGGUUCAGUACCUGUGCCUAAGGACCCUUCUGCCUCUGCUGCUGCACCUGCAACAUCAGCUACAUUUCUACAGUUUUUCUUCAUUCUGUGGCCAUUAUUAGCAAUUUUGGAAAAAAAUUAUGUUUAAGAUUAAUGUUUAGAUUUUGCAUGGAUUUGGUGUUUAUUUUAUUUGAGGUUUGUGUACUAGAAAAGGAGAUAGGUACAAAACCAUUAAUGUGACAUACAUGCUAUGAUAGAAAACACUUUGUAAAAAAAAGUAGCAAUUAUAUGAAGCCUUUCAGUACAUAUUUAUACCUUA